AUGCAACUAGGUGGACAAAGUAUUCUCGAUCGACUUUUAGCUGCAAAAAAUACUAUAUCUGGACAACUUGUAGCUAAAGUUGUAUGUAAAGCAACAACAGAAGAAAUUCUAGGGCCUAAACGAAAACAUCUCCAGUUUCUUUUACAAGCAACACAUGAAAUGAAUGUUUCAAUUCCUGAAACUGCUGAUCUUUUAAUUGAACGUUCACAAAAUUCUUCAUGGGUUGUUUCAUUUAAAUCAUUAAUUACAAUUCAUCAUUUAAUGUCAUAUGGAAAUGAACGUUUUGAAGCUUAUAUGGCAUCAAAUAAUUAUCAUUUACAACCAUCUGCUAUGAUGGAUCGUAUAGGAAUGCUUGGUACUGAUAUGUUAAUAUAUGUUCGUCGAUAUGCUGAUUAUUUAAAUGAAAAACGUGAAGCUUAUAAAUUAAUGGGUUAUGAUUUUUGUAAAAUAAAACGAGGAAAAGAUGAUGGAAUUUUGCGAACAAUGCAAAUUGAUAAGUUAUAUAAAGCUUUACCUUUGCUUCAAAAACAAAUUGAUGCUAUACUUCAUUUUGAUGUUACACCUAAUCAGUUGACGAAUAAUGUCAUACAUAGUUGUUUUUUUCUUCUUAUCAAAGAUCUUAUAUAUCUAUAUGCUGCUUUUAAUGAAGGAAUAAUUAACUUACUUGAAAAAUAUUUUAAUUUGAAUAAAAAAGACUGUCGUGAAGCACUUGAUAUGUAUAAAAAAUUUCUCGAUCGAACAGAUCAAGUAUCACAAUAUCUUAAAAUAACUGAACCGUCCAGUAUGGAGCGUAGUGAAUUUGCUGAUUUAGCUCAGGCUCCAAAUAGUCUUUUAGAAUCAUUGGAAAAUCAUUUAGCUUAUCUAGAAGGCAAAAAACCGUCACCACAAUCAUUAGUCUCAAAAAAAUUAAUAGAACAAGAUAUAAAGAAUUUUUCAGAUGAUUUUGUUACUCAUGUUAAUAAUGAUUCACAAAAAAUUCUUCAAGAAGAGGCGAAAGCAAUAGCAAAAUUUAAUAUGGAAAAAGAAGCUUCAUCUCCACCCCUAGUUUCUACUCAAACAACGAUAACAACAAAUGAAAAUAUUUUUGAUAGUACAGAUUUCUUUUCUCAACCACAAUUAUCAAAUGGACAACAACAACAAAAACAACAACAAUUAUUAUUUACGGAUGAUAUAUUUACAAUAGCUACACCAUCAUCUCAAACAAGUACGAUUACAUUUCCGACGUUUCAAAAUAUUUUUGAUACAUCGACAUCGACAUCAAAACCAAAUGUUUUGGGAGAUGUUCUUCAACCAACUUCAGUAUCAACAAAUAAAAAUACUAGUUCAAUUCCAUUAUUGACAAAUACUCAAAAGAUUCCAACGAUUACUAAACCGCUUCAAUCGGGUGAUCUUAAUUCAUCACUUAAUCAAUUAAUUGACCAUCUGAAUGUAAAAGAUUAUACGAAAAUUGGGAAAGAUCAUCAAUGGACACCAAAUGAUGGAAAAAAUCAACAAAUAAUUGGUCUACCCGCUGGAACUACAAAUACACCUGGAACAACAUGGUCGAAUCCUUCCAUAAUGAGUACACCAUUUAGUAGUAUGACUGUUCAAUCAGGUCCUAUGUGGCAACAACCACCAUCUACAUCAUCGAUGAAUAAUCCUUUUGUUGUAUCUAGUGAAUCAUCAAAAAUGGGCUUCAAUAGUAUGAGUGAUCAACCGACGAAUGUUAAUACAAAUCCAUUUGCUGCUCAAACAUUGUAUGGCACUACUGUGGUUAAUCAACAACAGAUUGAUAAUCCAUUUGGCGAUCUUUAA